AUGGGCUCCGUAUAUACCCUCUUUUUAACACUGGGUCUUUUGGCUUCAGGCGUGUCUAUACCGCUUAUACUGACAUUCCAGAACCAUCAACCUGUCAACCAGUCUACCAAUGACCCUCCCGAAUACUUUGCACAACCACUUUUGCAAACAGCCAUGAUCUUUUUGGGUGAGAUUGUGUGUAUUCUUGCUAUUCAAGUGGCAAGCAAGACACCUGUACUUUUGGAUCGAUCUUUGUUACAAGCGGUGGCACCCCAACAACAACAACAGCAGCAACAGCAACAAUCCAACCACCAACAACCCUCCUCUCAACAACAGCAACAGACACAAGGUGUUGGUGAUCAUCCCGAUUGGGCGGCUGUCACUAGCCGAUCUACGAGCAGCUGGGCAUUAACUUGGUUUAUCGUGCCGAGUGCUUGUGACCUGAUUGCCACCACCUUGAUGAACCUGGGUCUUAUUUAUAGCACAGCCUCCAUCUUUCAAAUGGUGCGAAGCAGCAUUGUGGGAUUCUCGGCUAUUUUCUCGUUGAUCUUUUUAUCAAGACGCUUCUUGGGUCAUGAAUGGGGUGCUGUAGCAGCGAUUCUUAUUGGCACCACGUUGAUUUGUAUGCAAGAUGACUGGGUAGGCCCUGCGUAUCUUUGUGUUGCCCAGCUGUUCGUCGCUGGUCAAUUUGUGCUUGAGGAGUACUUGAUGGAUCGCUAUCGUCUCGAUCCUGUAAAGGCAAUGGGUAUUGAAGGUGCUUUUGGUACCGUCUUAUUGGUCGUUGCAUUGGGUGUGGCCACAGCAGCCAACUUGGGUGACAUGCGUCAAGGUAUGAUGCAGCUUUUUGAUGCCUACGUCCUCUGGCAAUCCGCCUUGGUGUUGGCAUUGAUGGUCGCCAUGUUCAACUUUUUCGGUCUCGCUGUCAGCUCCAGUGUCGGUGUACCUGGAAGAAGCGUCAUUGAUACUUUUAGAACGGUGCUUAUUUGGGUCAUUGCUAUUCACUAUGGAUGGGAUACAUUCUCGUGGUUGCAGUUGGCAGGAUUUGUCGUGUUGGUCCUCGGUGUCUUCGUUUUCAAUGGCGUGUUUUCGUGUGUUCGACAAUACGUGUCGCACCAUGCAAGUGGUAAUGCACGUAACGGCGAAUCAGCACCUUUGCUGUCGUGA